UAUCAAGUCGAGCAUAGCUCGAGCGACAAGAGGGUUAUGGGAGGAUGCACUGCAGGAUGCGAACAAUGCAGUAAAAGCAGACCCUUCCUGGCCUUGGGGCUACGAAACCAAGCAUGUAGCACUUCAUGGAGCAAAACGGUAUGACGAAGCGAUUGAUGCUUUCAAGUCUAUGCUGCACGUAAUCGAACAGUCUCAUGAUCCUGCAACUAGGGAACUGCGAAAAAAACUAUGUUUCUCCUCUGGAGACCAUUACAGCUAUCGAUCCUGCCAUCCACAGGAUCCCUAAAAACUGCCCCCUGGUUGUCAUCAACAUCACCACUGGUUGCCUUUGCGACCGUCCUGAGCGGAUCCGUAUCUUCAAGGCCGAUCCAUUGUAUAAAGAGCUUGUUUCAUCCAUGAUAAAUGCAGUAGAUAAUGAGCGGAUCCUACAAGUGGUUGCAAGGUUCUUCGGAUAUGUCAUGUUCUCACAUGCAUGGCAGGGGAAUGAACCAUCAUUCCAGGACGUCAAUACAGUUGGAUCGAAAUCCGUGUGGCAACUCCCCAACACGCCCCUAAACGAGAAGUUGCAUGACUUCUGCAAGGAGACGCGCAGACUUGGUUACGAUUGGGCAUGGUCCGAUACAUGUUGUAUCGACAAGUCCACAAGUUCUAUCCUUAAUCAAUCUCUCACAUCUAUGCACAAAUGGUAUGCGAAUUCAGCUGCUGCCACACUCGUAUUCCUCGCCGGCGUAGCGCAUCCAUCCAAGCCUGGUGACCUCGCGCAUAGUUUAUGGAUGACGCGGGCAUGGACGUUACAGGAACUUCUCUCACCGAAAGUUAUCUUUUUCUAUGAUGCCCAGUGGAAAUUAUACCUCGGCGAUACCAGUGCGAAUCACAAGGAAUCCCCGGAGAUCAUGCGAGAACUAGCAGGUGCUAUCAAAGUUCCCCGUGGAACUAUCGUCACGUUUUCUCCAGACGAUCUCGGGUGCGUGAGAAACUUCGUCUAGCUUCGACGCGCAACGCGACGAUCGAGGAAGACGUCGCAUACUCUCUCAUUGGUAUAUUUGAGUCUGAUACUGGGCCUCUCUACGGUGAAGGACCCGACGCUCUUAGACAUCUCUUGGAGGAGAUAGUG